UUUGCGGACCGCUAUUAUAUCAAAGAAGAAGAAGAAGAAGGAAAAUAAGCACUGCACUGGCGUUAUUUAUUGAAAGUAAAUACCUAGCUAAUUCUCUCACCUCGCAAUAUUAACAUUUGUCAUUUUGUAAUCCAAGUUGUAAAAACAUGACGGAGCCUCAGGCAGCACUGUUACUCAGGAGACAGCUGGCAGAGCUGAAUAAGAACCCAGUGGAGGGAUUCUCAGCAGGUUUGAUAGAUGAUAACGAUCUCUACAGAUGGGAAGUCUUAAUCAUCGGCCCACCAGACACAUGCUAUGAAGGUGGUGUGUUCAAAGCACAUCUCACAUUUCCCAAAGACUACCCUCUCAGGCCACCUAAAAUGACAUUUAUCACAGAUAUAUGGCACCCUAAUGUUGACAAGAAUGGCGACGUAUGUAUAUCUAUUUUGCACGAGCCUGGUGAGGAUAAGUACGGCUAUGAGAAGCCUGAGGAGCGCUGGCUGCCCAUCCACACAGUGGAAACCAUUAUGAUUAGUGUUAUCUCCAUGUUGGCAGACCCUAACGGAGACUCGCCUGCCAAUGUAGACGCUGCAAAAGAGUGGAGGGAAGACCGACAUGGGGAAUUCAAAAGGAAAGUGGCCCGUUGUGUAAGAAAGAGCCAAGAGACUGCCUUUGAGUGAUUUUUAUCAAGCGGCUUCUAGCUUCACCUUUUUCAGGGUCUCCAAUUGAGAAACAACAUGGCACUGUUUUCCUGCACUCAACCACCCUAUUGCCAGGCUCGUCUUCAUUGCAUUUGGCAGAAACCGUCUGGCAACAAUAGGCUGCAAUAGAACAUAACAGCUGCAAUAGAACAUAACAGCUGCAAUAGAACAUAACAGCUGUUACCACAUGCUGACCAAAAACCGCCAAGCAAGUGCCAACUCAAAAACGACAAAACAGAAGAUGAAUAACACGCUUUUUGAAGUCUAUGAACUUUUCAGGAAGAUAUUGUAAAAACCUGUAUAUAGCACAGACGUAAAACUGGAUAAUAUAUAAACUGUUCCUAUCCAUCCAGCAAGACACUUAGUACCAAAUAAAUAGUGCUUAUGUAGGUAGAAUUUGAACCCUGUAAGUUAUUGAAGUUUUUAGUCCACUUCCUUCUUCAACAUCCACUCUAGUGUGUUAGUAUAGUUCUGUUACAGGUUGCUUUGACGGACAGGAGGCCUUGUAGAAGGCAGAAUGGUAAGAAUGCGAUGCGGUUGUAGAAUCCCACUAUUGGAGAACAGCAGCGUUGGUUCUAGAAUGACCGGAGUAUCAUGCCGAAAUGGCAUUUAUGGCAGAGGGACAUGGGGGUGCUUUAGAACACGCACACACUGUAGCACGCUUGUCGUGUUGGGUUCCUUCACUAUCAGCACUUCAGGAAAAGUUGCUGUAAGUCACCAUUUAAAAUAUAAGGUUAUAGAUGCAAGUGUUUUAUUUUGGAUUUUAACACCAUGAUGAGCUCCCCCUACCGUGGUUGACAUUACCCCAUUUGGCAAGUUCAGGUGUGUUUCUUUGCAGAUGGACAUAACCAUUACAAGUCACGCAUGCACAAAUUGAGCUCAUAGUUAGGUUUUUCAUUCGUUUUUUUUUUUUCAAAAGUGCCUCCUAUUAAAUUGCUUGUCAAUUGCACCCUGUAUUGAACCAGAGUUAGUUUCAGAGAAGUCAGUCAGAGAAAUUGUACGAGUGUGCAGAAGUUAUUUUAUAACCGUUCACACCACGACAAUGUAUAAUUAAAAUAUUGGAAUAAUUUAGUGUAGCAAUAACCUUCCCCAGGUGUGUGGUGUACGGUCUUACAUUUGUUUAAAUAUUCUGAUGAGAUUUAGGGUGACGUGGGGAGCUAUUUCUCCUAUAUUCACCUUGAAGCAGAUUAAUUUGUAGCGCUUGAUUUUCUUUGUGUGGUGUCCUAGGUAGGAUUUGUUAUGCAUGCUUUAACUUUAGGUUUCCAUGCUGGUAGUGUCUGGGUUUUGAUUUCAAAUGUGUGUAUGUUUGUGCCCUGUUUUAUUUUCCCUCCCUCUCUUCCCCUGAUCCUCGAUUUCCCCUGGUGUUAUUUUAUUCUGGCUCUGAUGGACUAUUGCAGUUUACUUGCCUAAUGUACAAAGACAAAAAUACUGAUGUAUAUUUUUCAUGUUAUGAAAAUUGUCACCUUCUGUAGUGAGUUCUUCUAAAAUAUGAUUCCCCCCUCCAAUAACUGUUGGGGUGUUUUCUUUUAAUGAAAUUGAAAUGCACAA